CACACACACUGACUGAGCUUUGUUCGUUCAUCCAGUCUACAGCAGCCUGAAGGACAAACACACGGAAACCAGAGCCACGGCGGAACCAGACUGGACUGACGUGAACGACUCAACAGGUUGCUGAUCAGGAUGGCAGGGAUUAAGGAGCAGCAGUUCACGGAGGAGAAGCCGCUGCUGCCGGAGCAGAGAGGAGUGGAUCCAGACCUGCAGGAUAAAGGAGAGGAGGCAGUGGGGGGGCUUCCCGGCCCCGCCAGCCCUGCGCCCCUUAACCCCCCCUCUCCCCCCAGCCGCCCCACUCACCGCUGGCAUGUCAUGGCACGGCACUGGCUCCGCCAGACCCGCCGUCGGACCAGCGGGGUCGUCCCGGAAACCUGUGAACAGCUGAUACCUGCAGGAGACUGGAAGGAACAUGAUGUUGAGACUCCUCAUGGGAUGCUGCACGUGGUGAUCCGUGGAGCACCGAAAGGGAACAAGCCCGCCAUCCUCACCUAUCACGAUGUGGGACUGAACCACAAACUGUGUUUCAACUCGUUCUUCAACAACCAGGACAUGCAGGAGAUCACCAAGCACUUUGUGGUCUGUCACGUCGACGCCCCGGGUCAACAGAGUGGAGCCUCACAGCUGCCGCAUGGGUUCCAGUAUCCCACCAUGGACCAGUUGGCAGGGAUGUUACCCACUGUGGUUCAACACUUUGGAUUUAAGAGCAUCGUUGGAAUUGGAGUUGGAGCUGGCGCUUACGUCCUGGCCAAGUUCUCCCUCUUGUUCCCGGACCUGGUGGAGGGUUUGGUUCUGCUCAACAUCGACCCAAACGGCAAAGGCUGGAUCGACUGGGCUGCUGCGAAGUUGUCAGGUCUGACCAGUAAUUUACCAGAAACUGUGCUGCCUCACCUGUUCAGCCAGGAGGAGUUGGUCAACAACACAGAGCUGGUGCAGAGUUACCGGCACCAGAUCAACACCACCAUUAACCAGUUCAACCUGCAACUGUUCUGGAAUAUGUACAACAGUCGCAGAGACCUGGAGAUGAAUCGUGGUGGGACAGUGAUUCACGCUAAGACCCUGAAGUGUCCUGUGAUGCUGGUUGUGGGAGACAAUGCUCCUGCUGAGGAGGGGGUGGUUGAAUGCAACUCCAAACUGGAUCCGACAAACACCACCUUCCUAAAGAUGGCCGACUCUGGUGGACUUCCUCAACUCACACAGCCAGGAAAACUGACAGAAGCCUUCAAGUAUUUCCUGCAGGGAAUGGGCUACAUUGCGAAUGUGAAGGAUCGGAGGUUGAGUGGAGGGCCAGUGCCGUCCGCCAGUAUGACCCGCCUGGCUCGCUCCAGGACAGCCUCGCUGACCAGCGCCGGCUCCACGGAGGGGAACCGCUCCCGGGCCUGCACCCACUCUGACAGCACGGAGGGCGUGGCCACGGUCAGCCACACCAUGGAGGUGUCCUGCUGAAGAGAAGAUGAAGAACGAGGGAGGACGGAGAGAGCGAUGAAGAAGAAGAGCGCGGAGUGUUUUUGAAAGGAGGUGAAGUUAGAAAAAACAAAAAAAACCCAGGUGAAGACGUCGCCCUCUGUCUGCCAACGUGUGUCCUUGCUUCCCCGCUGUAAACUAAUAUUUAUCACGACUGAAAAAAGAGAAGAAAAAGAAAUUCACUUUAACAAUCGUUGACCAACUGUUUGUGUCAUUCUUGUGUUUGAUAAAUGUGACGCCCCCCCCACAGCAACAUAAUAUGAAAUAAUAACAAAGAGAUGGAUGUGGACUUUGACAUGUGUGUGUGAGUGUCUCUCUGUGUGCUUUGAAAAGUGUCAGAGGGGGCGUGUACAAUGUGUGACAUGACACCAGAGCGGGCGUCUCCAAUGUGUGACACAUCAUCUGGGGCGUGUCCAAUGUGUGACACAACAUCAGAGGGGGCGUGUCCAAGGUGUGACAUGGGAGCUUUGAGCAGAACUCUGUUCUUCGAUGAAAAUGAAAACAACAACAGAGUUAGACGAAAAAAGAAGAAAAACGACAAAGAUGGAGAGUUUCUGUUUAUCCCAGAUAAUUCAGUAAGGGUUAAAAUGGUUGCUAUGGUUACCUGACGCCAUCUACUGUAUUUCUUGAAGUGCAGGUGACGAUCGAAGUGGCUCUGUGCGUUUCUUUGACACGCCCCUCCGCAGAGACACGCCUCUCCUGCGUGACAGUUUGCUUGUUAUCUUUGUUUUUUUAAAUUAUUUUUAAAAAACUGUCUCAUGAAUGAAAACAUGACUUUGACGUUGUAACGUCACAACAAACAACAACAAAAAGCCUUUGAUGUUCAGAAAAGACAAAGCUUCCAAACGCUGAGGUGUGCGCUUUCCAGAGGUGGCCUGGAAGGGGCGGGGCUUUUUUUGGAGCCAUUUGGGCGCCAAGCUCGGAAUGUAGGGCAACACCCAGCCAACGUCAUAACUCCACCCCCCUAAAAAAUUACUUGGUGCCCCGCCUCUCACAGGCGAACCCUAUCGCCACCUAAAGGGCUAACAGCUGAAGUCACUUAGAAAUGCAGUGCAGGGGGCGCUAAAGACGUGUUUGUUACCACACAGAGAGAGAUUCUGAAUGAAUAAAUGAAUGAAUGAAUGAAUGUUACAAAAAUUGUGAUUCUUUAAUUUUAACAUCAAAUUUAGUAGAAAAUGCUGAGUAUUCAGUUAUUGUUGUUGCCAUGGUAACUCACGUAGAGCUCAGAGGCCAGUGGGGGAGGCGGGAAAAGAAUGUAGGAGGAGCUUACAACUGAAGAAUAAUUAUGAAUUUCACAAAAUUCAGAUCAGAUUGGCAGCGGUUUGUGUGAAUUCACACGCUGACUCAGCGCUCCGACUCGUUGUUCACGCGCUGACUCGUCGUUCACACGCUGACUCAGCGUUCUGACUCGUUGCUCACACACUGACUCGUUAUUCGUUAUAGGUGAUGAUUAAAAAACACCUGUUUUUUUCCUUUACUGCCUGGGGGGGGCUGCUCCUGAAUGUAUCCUGUCCCCUUCUGAAGUGCUGUGAUGCUAAGUAUUGUCAACCUGAUCCUCACCUUUGACCUUUGACCUUGUACAGGAAACCUCUGUGAUGUGCGGCAGAAAGGCGUGAGCUGGCGGUGGGUCAUGUGACCUGUGUUUUUUCACGUGUUUGUGCUUCCUCUCCUUCGUACUAACACCACUGAUUUGUUCUGUUUGACUUUGUUUCUGCUCACAGACUCUGAACUGCUCUGUUGUCAUUAUACGUUUACAUAUAUAUAUAAUAUAUAUACAAGGUAAAGUGUGUGUCCAUGUGCUGAUCAAAUGACGAAUUGGAAAUAAAGCCUUGAUGUCAGAA